CAUAACGAAACAUAUCAUGUGGGUUGCACAUUUUCAAGGCCAUUACAUGAGAAAAGAACCCACAUUUUCCGACUAAUUGGCGUCUGAAAUCUGCUUCAGGAAGUGCGUGUGUGACCCGUGACAUGUUUGUGUCAUCGCGGGAGACUGGCGGGAGGUAAACGCAAAUCUCCCGCUGUCAGCAAAGUGGCCUUCGCUUUGAAAUUGAAUGUCUUUUAUACUUUGAAUGAAUCAUUUCAAAGCACGCAAGCGCGUCUCAGUAUCAUUUGGUACAAAAGCACGCAAUCCAGGGGUAAAGUCUCCUGUAUAUUUCUGGCCGUUACCGCAACCACAGAUGGGCCAGUUCGAUAGUGUUGAUGUGACACCGUGGGCCUUUUCAUAUUUCCGUGCCAACACGCGGGUUUUUUGUCUUCCUACCAGACACAUUGUCGCCUGGAUGUGCUUGAAGUCUAAGGGCAUAGUGGCGCAUUCUCCCGCAGUAGACUCCUGUGACAGUGCGUGGCAGUGACUUCGUAUCACCGCGACAACACACCGGAACCGGCGUUGUGUCAAGAUGCGAAAGUAUCUCCACCUUAUAAAAUGAGUCUGCGAACCUUCCACGUCCCGUUUUUUAUUUCCCUUCUUGUUGCCGUGUUUGGCAUCGUAUUUGUUGUUUGCUUUUUCCCUUUUUUGCCGGCGACGGCCGCCGAUGAGACACACGUGGUAAUACCGUCACAUCAAGAAGGGCGACAUUUUUUAAACGAAGCAGAAUCCACUGAACACGAACAAGGUGGCCAGACUGAGAGAUUCUCUGAUAAGAGACGCCUGCAAGAUGUCGAGACCGUGUCCGGUGGCGCAGCGAAUAGUCAGUACUCUAACCCCGACAUAGUCGCCAGCGCAGCCGCUCCCAAUGACAAGCCAAACGUAGAUGGCACUUUCACGGACACACUUCAUCAAGCAGCGGACGACGCUAUGGAAGCCCUCAACUCCGUCACGCAGCAGCUGUCGGAUAUGGGACUGGAGCCAUGGCAAAUCACUUUGAUUGUCAUUGCCGCAGGCGCAGCAGUCCUUUGUUUGGCUUGCUGCUGCAUGCGCUGUUUAUGCAGGAAUGUGUGUUGUUGUCCAGGGAAGUAGGGGAGUGCGGAACAUUACCAUCAAAUACUUAACGAGGAUGAAUCGGGAAGACCCAAGAUGCCGGUGGGCAGCGUCAAGGGUACUACUCCAGCCGUCGUUUACAGAGCUGUCUUUUG